AUGGUGGUCGGGAAUGAAAAGAAAAAUUAUCUUACUGGCAAAGUUUGCAUAUUCUAUCUAUCUAGCUCUUUCUUUUCAUAUCUAUUGAUCUCUUUCAUAUCUUUCUAUCUCUUUAUCUCUUUCUUUCACGUCUAUCUCUUUCUUUCAUGUCUGUCUCUUUAUCUCUCUCUCUCUCAUGUCUGUGUCUGUAUCUCUCUCUCACGUCUAUCUCUCUCAUUCAAUGGUCAGCAGGCAAAAGAGAAUAAUUAUCUGAACCUGUUUUUUGCCCAGUCGUCAAGUCCAGCAGAAUCCAAAAUGGAGAUAACUUCACAAGAGAGGCCUAAAAUUGACAAACUUGCCUUCAAGUCCCCCAAUCAGCACCGGUUUGAACGUAAUCGCUUAAGCAGUAUGGAGAAGAACUCUUUGUCAGUCUCCAGUGAAGAAAUUAUGCAUAAGGGUCGGACUUCAUCAAAUGCUUCUGCCUUUUCUUGGAGACAACAACAGUUUGUUCGUAACCAAAGCAUGGACAAUUUUUCUGCUCUGAAGAGUGGUAACAAUCAGGGAAAUGUGAACCAACAGUUCCAAAUCCCAAGCCUUCAUUGCAACCCCCUUGUACGGCAUAACUCGGACGGUGGCAGCCGUAUUGGUGGAGGCCGUGAUAACAGUACCCGAACUGUACCAAUGCCAGACAGUGAGGCGUACACGUCUCGAAACCUGGAUAAUGAGUGUGGCCAGUCAGAUAUCAACCAAAGUGUUACUGCCAGCACAUUUUUCAAUAUGUCACGAUGUCCGUCAAUGAAUCUAAGUGAGAGCCCAGGUUCACAAGAUGAUGAUGAUGCUGAACAGGGCUCGCAGAAGCACACACCAGUUAACUCCCCUAUUGAGUCUUGGAUAGGAUCAACAGAGGAGCUGAAAUCUCCUUCCAGCCAUUCAUCAGUUCCUGUCAAUGACAAUGCACCUACACAAUUAUCCAGCACUUCCAAGUCUGCCUGUCGUGUGUCCGGCCUUUCUAAAUCAAGAGGGGCUAAGAGCAAACAGUCCAAUGCCAGUGUUGGAGCCAAGCCUUCUGGACAGCAGAGUAUCAAGGACAUGUUCUCCAAGUUUGCCUAUAGCAAAGGCACCAAGCCGUUGUCUACAUAG